AUCCUCCUCCUCCAUCACCACCACCUCUCCAACCUCAUCAUCAUCAUCCUCCCCAUCACCCACAACAACAAGCACCUACAACAACACAAUAAUCCACAGCCAAGAACCUACCAUGCAGACGUCCGAAACUGUGUCGGACACAGGUUCGACAGUGACGUUACAGACAUCUGUAGCAGGUCAGGCAGCAGUGCCCACCCAGGUUGUGCAACAAGUGCCAGUUCAACAACAAGUGCAGCAGGUACAGACUGUUCAGCAGGUGCAACACGUCUACCCAGCACAGGUACAAUAUGUCGAAGGAAGUGAUGCUGUCUACACAAAUGGAGCAAUCCGGACAACAACAUACCCUUACACAGAAACUCAGAUGUACAGCCAGAACACAGGGGGCAAUUACUUUGACACCCAGGGUGGAUCUGCACAAGUGACCACCGUGGUCUCAUCUCACAACAUGGUGGGCACUGGAGCAAUUCAGAUGGGGGUCUCUGGAGGACAAAUCAUUAGCAGCUCUGGUGGAACUUACCUGAUUGGAAACUCCAUGGAAAACUCAGGCCAUUCUGUGAGUCACACAACCCGCGCCUCUCCAGCAACAAUUGAAAUGGCGAUUGAGACACUGCAAAAGUCUGACGGCCUUUCAAGUCACAGAAGUUCGCUUCUCAACAGCCAUCUCCAGUGGCUGCUGGACAACUAUGAAACUGCUGAGGGAGUAAGCCUUCCCAGAAGCACUCUCUACAAUCAUUACCUUAGACACUGUCAGGAGCACAAACUAGACCCAGUCAAUGCUGCCUCCUUUGGAAAACUUAUCCGCUCCAUAUUCAUGGGACUCCGAACGAGAAGACUGGGUACUAGGGGUAACUCCAAAUACCAUUAUUAUGGGAUUCGUGUCAAGCCAGAUUCCCCUCUUAAUCGAUUACAAGAGGACAUGCAAUAUAUGGCUAUGCGACAGCAACCCAUGCAGCAGAAACAAAGGUAUAAGCCUAUGCAGAAAGUGGACGGAGUGGGAGAUGGAUUUCCAGGAAGUGGACAACAGACAGGUGCAUCAGUUGAGCAGACUGUAAUUGCCCAAAGCCAGCACCAUCAACAAUUUUUAGAUGCGUCUAGAGCACUUCCAGAAUUUGCAGAAGUUGAAAUCUCUUCUCUGCCAGAUGGUACAACCUUUGAAGAUAUCAAGUCACUGCAGACUCUUUAUCGGGAGCACUGUGAGGCAAUACUGGAUGUUGUUGUAAACUUGCAGUUUAGCCUGAUUGAGAAGCUGUGGCAGACCUUCUGGCGUUACUCUCCGACCUCUACAGCUGAUGGAACCACCAUUACAGAGUCUGGCAACUUAAGUGAAAUGGAAAGCAGACUGCCAAAGUCAAAGUUGAUUUUGCUCUGCAAAAAUGAAUCGAUUCUGAAGUGGAUGUGCAACUGUGACCAUGUGAUGUACCAAGCUUUGGUGGAGAUCCUCAUUCCCGAUGUCCUAAGACCAAUUCCUAGUGCCUUGACCCAAGCCGUUCGUAAUUUUGCAAAAAGCCUUGAAGGUUGGCUCUCUAGUGCCAUGAGUAAUAUUCCACAGAGAAUGACACAAACCAAGGUUGCUGCUGUAAGUGCCUUUGCCCAAACUCUGCGAAGAUAUACAUCUCUCAAUCACCUGGCUCAGGCAGCUCGUGCUGUGCUCCAGAACACAUCUCAGAUUAACCAGAUGCUCAAUGACCUCAAUCGCGUGGACUUCGCCAAUGUCCAGGAACAGGCUUCCUGGGUGUGCCAGUGUGACGAUAACAUGGUGCAGAGAUUAGAAACAGAUUUCAAGAUGACUCUUCAGCAGCAAAGCACUUUGGAGCAGUGGGCUGCCUGGCUGGAUAAUGUGGUGACACAAGCACUGAAACCUUAUGAAGGGAGGCCCAGCUUUCCGAAGGCAGCACGACAGUUCCUACUUAAAUGGUCAUUUUACAGCUCCAUGGUUAUUCGCGACUUAACCUUGCGCAGUGCUGCUAGCUUUGGCUCUUUCCAUCUGAUUCGCCUCCUCUAUGAUGAAUACAUGUUUUAUUUAGUUGAACACCGGGUUGCUCAGGCAACUGGAGAAUCACCAAUAGCAGUCAUGGGAGAGUUUGGUGACUUAACCGAUGGAUCUCCUGGUAAUAUGGAAAAAGAUGAGGGAAGUGAGGUGGACAGUGAAAUGGAAGAGGAAAUGGAUGAUUGUGGAGAGCCACCGGCAAAGAGGGAGAAGACUGAGUUGGCUCAGGCAUACCAGGUGGGCUGUAUGCAGCCAUCACUAGAGGGCAGCGUUCAACAGAGCCUGGUUUUGAACCAAAUACACAGCGAGCACAUUGUCACAAGCACUCAGACCAUCAGACAGUGCAGUGCCACUGGGAAUACCUACACUGCAGUCUAGUGAAUAUGAAAGAUUUUCAAAAAGAAGUUUAUAAAUAUAUGUAUGAUGGGUUUAAGAGUAUGGCAGAAACACAGAAUACGCCUGAAGGUCGACUGUU